CUCUCUCACUCUGUGCGUGAGCGGGUGUUACUGAACAUACAGUGAUUGUUAGUAAGAGCAGUGAAGCAUUUGUAUUUUACCGGAGACUCACUUAAAGAGCGCUUUGCCUGGUCCUGCAUAGAAAUCGAGGUGCACAAGUCAUACUAGGUCAGCUCACCUGAAGACUGAAGUCAUCUGAGAGAGUCAGACAUGGACUGUCACAAUGAGGAGUGCAGCCGGCCCCAGGAGGAGGAAGACAUCAUGGACAUCCCCCUGGAUGACCCCGAGGCCAACAGAGCUGCUGCAAAGAUCCAGGCUGGCUUCCGUGGCCACAUGACCCGUAAGAAGAUGAAGCCGGAGGACAAAACGGAGAGGGAGGAGGUGAGCAGCACUGGGGAUGUGCUCAACGGCAGCCAGGGGGACACAGAGACAGGAGGAUCGGGGGCAGUAGAAAGGGACGACACAUCUGUGCCAGAGCAGUGACGUCCCUGUCCUGACCCGGAAGAAAGAAGCGAAAGAUUUGGAAGCAAGGUAGCGAGAGAUGGCUGGCGUAAGCUGGACUGGCUGGCUUUCAGGCACACCUUUUUAACCCCAGGAGUCAUUUUCUUUCCUUUUUUUUCCAACACAAUUAUAGCAGUAGAAAAUGAAGCAACAGUUUUGAGGGUGUGUGUGUUUUGUGUGAAAUUUUGUGAACUUUAACACUCUCCGCGUCUCUGCUUCUCCAGCAGUCUCAUCAGUACGGAUGUCUUUGACCCGGAAUUUGCAACUCACUGCAUGUUCUUGUGAAAUUUCUGGUAGUGUGCUAGUUUUUAGAUGAUGAUCUGUGAAUGUGAAAAUGAAUGUCCUCAUAAUGCUAAACAGGGCUUAUUUUGGAUUGAACUGUUCAUGCCAUCUGUGUAUAAACCUUGUAUGCAUCAGCGUUAGACUUUGCCUAAUUAGUGGCUUUUUCUCUUUGUUAAUAUGCAGUGUUCUCUAAUGUGCUUGUACCCUGAUCAUUAUUAAACCUAUUUGACUUGCUUACAAAAGUGAUUAAACUUUAAAAGAGACGUAGCUAUGUAUGUUCUAUUUAUUCUUAUUUACCUUAUUCAGAUUAGAACUGCCUUGAUUACCUUUUGAUCACAUGAUCAGUAUCACCUUUUCAAGCAUUUUCUAUAAAUCUGAUCUUCCACAACAGUAAGCAUGCAGUACUUACACCCCCCACCCCCACCCCCAGAUGCAUUUGGUAAACUUUACCUUAUAAGGUUUGGUUCGGUAUGCUCUGUUGUUGUGUUGGUGGGUUUGACUUGUUAAAUCAAGUGUGUGAAAAUCCAUUGUUAGAGUUUGUAGAGCUGUCAUGCUUUAAAACUAAUGGAAUAGUUGCUGAACUUUGCUGUAGAAUCAUGGCAUUACACAAAUAAAUCCACCUUACAUAUAA